AUGGGCACUGAUGAGGAAGCACUGAUGGGCACUGAUAUGUGGCAUUGAUGUGCACUGGUAGGCACUGAUAUGUGGCGUUGAUGCAGGGGCGGACUGACAACUCAUGGGGCCCCCACGCAAUAGGGGAUCAUGGGGCCCCUGUGUCCUUGCCCAAACUCAAAAAAGCCUAUGAAAAAAAGGUACCAGUGGCAUCUCAUGGGGCCCCUACUGACCCCGGGCCCUAGGGCAGUGCCCGAGUUUCCAAAUGGUCAGUCCACCCCUGGCC